GCCUCCUGCACCAACAUGGCCUGCAAGCCCCUCUUCGUCCUGGCCGCCCUCGUGGCCCUCUCCGCCGCAUCUUACGUGCCCCAGGACUCCUAUGGAGCAGCGCCCGCUAACUAUGACUUCAACUGGGCCGUCAACGACGCUGCUUCCGGCAACAACUACGCCCACCAGGAGGCCCGCGACGGAGACAACACGCAGGGAUACUACUUCGUGCAGCUACCCGACGGUCGCCUGCAGAAGGUCACCUACUCUGUGCAGGGCGACUCAGGCUUCCUGGCCGAGGUCACUUACGAGGGCGAGGCCCAGUACCCACAGCAGGGAUACGGCGCCCCGCCAGGCACCCGACGCCCACCUACGGCACCCCUGGCCCGCACUACGCCCGCUGAGCGCACUUCCCUCCCUCCCGACGCCAGGACCCGCACCCCCUCAUCGCCACUCAUUCCUCACUCCCUUCUGUAUUUAUUGACUCCCUCCGUGCAUAACUUGCAAUAAAGACAAGGCAAGCAUUCCAGCCCUUUC